AGCUAUUUUCUCUAUGUGAGUUCAUAGUUUCAUAUUUCUCUAUAUGACGUUUCAUUAACAAGUACAGUUUUGUGACUUGUGUAUGGCUUACAUACAGUAAAUUGAAUACAAACAGCAAUUUGAUGUUGUCAAAUGCAAAUAAUUAGCUUUCUUUUCAACAAAAGGUGCAGAUCUCAGAACACCAGCCGCCUUGCGUUUCAGUUCAAGUAACUGUGACCCCAGCGAUGGAACUCGCACCAUGUGGUAGGCCGAGUGAAGAUCAUUGGUCUGCCGGGUAGCCUAUUUGCAUAAGUCAUGACUUAUAUCCAUUUGAUACCAGCGGUCAAGCCAGAGUGAGCAGCAGAUUACUUGUCAAGAACUAUGUCAACCCCUGUGUAGUUUACUUGCGCCGCUUGCCUUUUUCUUUUCAAAUGUUUUUCCUUAUAACGUCUCAAAAAUGGAGUUUUUAAAGAAAAUGAUACUGCUUGUGUUGUUUAUCAGUAUAGUUCACUGUACAACGACGAAGUAUUUCACAUAUGAGGAAGACGCACCAGGCACUGAGAUUGGGAAUCUCUCUCGGGAUUUGCAGAUUGACCCGGCGGAGGACCCUGAGACUGCCUUCCGAUUUAUGCAAGAAUCGGACUCGACCUUGAUUCAAAUGCGGCAGAUAGACGGACUUUUAACUGUAGGAGAGACCAUUGACCGUGAACAACUGUGCCGACAGUCACCACGGUGCCUCGUCACUUUUGAUGUCAUCACUUUUUCCAAUGAAAAGUUUCAGCUAAUUCACGUGGAAAUCGAGGUAAAAGACAUUAACGACAACUCACCAGAGUUCCCAGCAAAUGAAACGAUAUUAGACAUUUUGGAGAAUGCCCCAUUGGAUUCGCGAUUCCCGUUGGAUAUAGCAGUUGACCAGGAUGUUGGCAACAAUUACAUCCAAAGUUACCGUAUCUCUCACAACAGCCAUUUUGGCAUUGAAGUGCGCUCGAGUGAGGACGGCGUUAAAAUUGCUGAACUGGUGUUAGUGAAAAGACUGGACAGGGAGAUAGAGGACUCCUAUACUGUUGAAGUGACAGCUUCCGAUGGUGGUACCCCACCAAGGACAGGAACAACAAAAGUUGUGAUCAAAGUUCUGGACUUCAAUGACAACAGUCCCGCGUUUGAGCACAAUUCUUUAAAAGUCGAGCUGUACGAGGAUUCACCAGUUGGUUUUGGUGUUCUGAAAGUCCAUGCGUUUGACCCAGAUGCAGGUAUCAACGGUGAAGUGGUGUAUGGAUUCGUCGAUGAACCUUCUUCUGAAAUUACGCGAGUAUUUAAAAUGGACCCUCUUUCUGGGUCUGUGACUUUGAAAGAAAUGGUUGACUUCGAAAAGAAAAGGUCAUACGAACUCAACAUUAAGGCUUCUGAUUUGGGUGCCAACUCUGUGCCAUCCACGUGUAGAGUUACAGUGGAGAUACUAGAUGUGAAUGAUAACGCCCCAGAAAUAAACAUUAAGCCAAUGACUUCAGCCAGUGACGGUAUCGCUUUCAUCACAGAGGCAGCGGCCAAGGAGAGUUUUGUGGCGUUGAUCAGCACCUCGGACAGAGACUCUGGUUCCAACGGCUAUGUGCGCAGCAGCUUGCAUGGCCACCAGCACUUCAAACUUCAGCAAGCCUACGGUGACACCCUAAUGAUUGUAACCACCACGAUUUUAGACAGAGAAACAAUUGCUGAAUAUAAUCUAACUGUGGAAGCUGAAGAUUUUGGAUCACCUCCCUUCAAAUCCGUGAAGCAUUACACAAUUAGGGUUACUGACGAGAAUGACAACACCCCACUUUUCAACAAAUCACUUUAUGAAGUUUCCGUCGUGGAAAAUAACAUUCCCGGUUCCUUCAUCACUUCAGUUCUGGCUACUGAUCUUGAUGCUGGCAAAAAUGGUAAAGUAACAUAUGAACUUGUAGAAAGCCAUGUUUUGGAUGGUGACCCAAUAACAACAUUUGUAUCAGUCGACCCAUUUUCAGGAUCAUUGUACAGUUUAAGGUCAUUCGAUUUUGAAAGUGUUCAGCAGAUUGAGUUGACUGUUCAGGCUAGUGACAGUGGCUCGCCUUCACUAUCCAGCACGUCUUUAGUCCGGAUAAAGAUCAUCGAUCAAAAUGACAACUACCCAUAUUUUACCUCUCCAGACUUCCAAAAUGACAGUACCGAGGUUCCCAUUCCUUUAAACGCACCUCCUGGGCAUGUUUUACUUUGGGUCAAAGCUGAGGAUGAGGAUGAUGGUGAGAACAGCAGACUGAGCUUUUACAUUCUGGAGGGUGAUCAAAAGGUUUUCUCUGUUGACAAAAACACUGGCAAGGUCGUUUUGAAGCAAAAAUUGAAUCGCCCCUGUGAUGAUGCCCUGGACAUUAAGAUCCAAGUGAGAGACAAUGGCAGACCCCCUCUCUCCAGCAUGUCCUCCAUCCGGUUUGUUAUAACGGAUAUUCCAGCCUUUAAUGACCAGUAUGUCAUUUCAGUGAAUGAUGAUCGUGAAGAAUUCAACUUUGAUGUGACUUCAACAGUGAUAACAUUUGUUGGUGGGGGGUGCAUUCUGCUGCUGAUUUCAGUUGUGACUCUCACAAUUUUCUGUAAGCUUCGACAAAAAUCAAGUAACUAUAGUUCCAAAUCGAAGAGGAAGCGUGGCUUAUUUGGUACUACAUCCUUAACAGUGUACAAUGCCUCAGAGCCAAACGUAUAUGGCGGCCCAAAACAUUACCUCCACCAUGGGAAGAUGUCCACACACGAUGAGUCCUGUCUGUAUGAAGACAAAAGCACUGACUUGAACUCAAAGGUUUUUCUAACGUCAAGGUCCUUUGAAGGAACGGCAUUAUGGCAAGAUGACAAAUACAGUUUGCAAAGAAGUGGCGCAGGCAACACGGACCAACUGAGCGUGAAGGACAGUGGCAAAGGUGACAGUGACUUCAAUGACAGCGAUUCUGACGUCAGUGGGGAUGGACUCAGAAGAACCCUCUCAACAUUUCAGCCAUGGGCAAAAGAUUCUUUUCAUUUGGCUAACACUCUCAGUGUGGAUUGGCAGAGCAGAUACGGUGUAAUACCAACCCACAGCAUCCACGCCACCCCAGGAAAUGCAUACACAAUAGGCUUUUCCCAAGCACCGGCAUAUAGUAAUACCCAUGUUAAUCCCCAGUCCUGGAAAGAAUCCGGCUACAACACAAACAUUCCCAAAGCCAAGGGAUCAGCAGAGACAUUCUGUAGGGCAGGCACACUACCUCCUUACAGCUCCCAUCAGAGGAGAGAGCGGAGCGCCAGGGCAGAGGACCAGCAGGAGCACCACCAGAACAUCCUCCCAGUCACAACACUGGCAGAAAUCGCUACUACCUUUUAAUCGCUGUCAAAUCCCACCAGGGCUCUUUUUUUCCUCAAUGAAUCACAGAGGGGUUUUGUGUUUAACAGAUUUGUCAAAGCACAAGAAUUAACAUAUAAAUAAGAAUCACUCUGUGUAAGUGAACCGGAGAUGUAAAUAUUUUUUUGCAUAAAUAGAAAAGAACUUGUCAGUACGUGCAUGAUUCAUAAAAAUGUAUUUUUAUCGUUUGACACUUGCUUUUUUUGUAAAUAAAGGAAUCGCUGAAAGCCUGAAGUGUUACCAAUUCCAGCAGCUAAAACCACACAAUCACAUCAGGCUAUGGUUGAUGCUUUGUGUAGAAUACAAACCAGUACAGCUGUUUGAAAAGGUUGUCUUUUUACGUAAAAACUAGAAAUUGGUGUGAAAUCUAUAUUGUAGGGCACCUAUCAUACCCAUAAUGAUUGCCAAAGAGAUUGUGUCCCUCCACACCUAUACACAACUUAUAAGUAUACUUAUAUAACGUAUGUCAUGUACUGUAUGUAUGUCCAAUAUAUCAUGUUGUCUUUAAGUCGUGAUAUGUAUGCCAAUUAACAAGAGGCUAAUAAAUGACAGAUCAAACUGAAAAGGAA